GCAACACACCAACAAAACAACCCAAAUUCACAGUUUCUCAUCCUUAUAGCACCAACCCCCAAUAUUUUGCCAAUCAAUGGACCAACUAUGAUGGAGCCGUAUGGCCAGUAUCACAAGACUUCCUGAUAAAUUACAUAACUUUGCUCCACAAGACUGUCACACCCCCUACUAUCAUGACUUACCUCUCGGCCCUUAAAUAUCAUCACUCAAGAAACCACUAUGACUGGAGCCCUAUUCGUUCUGACCCUCUAGUAUUACAACUUCUGAAAACCAUCGAAGCCACACACACUCACAAGCCUAUUAAUCAAAAAUCUUACAUUACCCAUCAACACCUGCUACAAAUUCAACAACAACUGAAUGCAAACAACAAUGUAGACACCCUAUUCUGGGCUAUCACUUUGUCAGUCUUUUACGUUCGAGUUAUCCGAGAGCAAUACCUUCGCAACGAUCCAACUACCACGAACCAAAAAACACAAGAUCGUAUGCCAACAACAGCAACCUACUGUUCACCAAAGAUGACAGUACAUGGGCCACCAAACACUGGUCAUCACAAGACUCAAGCAACUACUCCCAAAUGA